GAAACCCGAGUGCAUACGCACUGACCCUACGACCGGUGCUGUGCGCGUGCUGCUCUGCCUGGUCUGUCUCGCAAGGUUAUUCGUGGAGUUCACCUGGCCGUCGCUGAUGGAAACCAGACAACAAGGUUUGAAUCAGGGUAUGUUUUACCCAUCCGGUGAGGAGUCGGUUAAGCAGAACUCAUAUGGUGAAGACUUGGCUCCUGGGAUCCAAAAUGGGGAACACUUGACAGAAUGGGCUAAAACAUCACCACCAGGGGAGGAUCAGUGGGGUCACACAUCAGUGUCCCACUCUGACAAUUGGGUCAUGUCCACCACCUGGGAUAUGCAAAUGGACAGCACAGAGAGAGGACACCUCACAGCAGGUUUUCUGGACUCUCAGCCACUGAGAGAGGCUGAUGAGGAUUUGGUGUCAGAGGUCAACUUGAGCAACCCCAUCAUGACAGAAGAGGAGAGAGAGGAGAUUCAGCAGGAAUUGGCUAAACUUGAAGAGGAGAUCAGUACAUUGAGGCAGGUUCUUUCGUCCAAAGAGAAGCAACACGCGGAGCUCAAACAGAAACUGGGCAUCACUCCUCUGAGCGAGCUGAGAAACAACUUCAGCAGAGGCUGGCAUGACAUGCAGAGCUCCACAGCCUACAAGAAGACAUCGGAGACGCUGUCCACAGCAGGACAGAGAACCUCAGCAGCCUUCAACACCCUCGGCACUGCCAUCUCCAGGAAGUUUGGAGACAUGAGGUCCAACUCUAUAGGGAACUCUCCCAGCUUCAAGUCUUUUGAGGAAAAAGUUGAGAAUACAGUAUCUACUAUCAAGACAAAGGUCGGUGGUACAGGGACCGGAGGCAGCUUUGAAGAAGUCCUCUCCUCCGCAGCAAACGCCAGCUCUCAGGACACGCCCACUAACUUGACUGACACCUCUGAGAGGCCGUGUUAAGAGCUGCAUCCAAACCCACGAGGACAGGACUUAAAACCAGGAACUCUUAUCACUGCUGUAUCACAGCACUUUGUCAAAUAUCUACCCAAAGCUCUGACUGAAAUGUUACAGAAUACUUUUAUUUGAUUGCAAGUGUUGUGAUGCUUUUGCAAACUAUCCCAUAUACUGUAUGGUUUUAAGUCUCCUAACACAUGGAUGGAAUUUCCUGCAAGUCUAAAAGCUUUGACUUGGGCCCUUUUCAUACCUCAAUGUGGUGGAUAUUGUCAAAAAAGACAGAUGUCACCUGUUGCCUCCAAAUCAUGUUACACUACAAAUAUUGAUCAGAUAAGGUUGAAGGGGGAAAAGCAGCAAAGCCUCUGUUAAAAAAAAUGAUAUGAAAGGAGGAAGAGCAGAUUACAUGUCAGCUCUAGGGGGCAGAGUGAGCCAAAGCCCAGUGUUUCUGGUCUGUAUUUGUAUUAGUCACUUAAGCUGAGCGUUGCAUAGUUUGGCUCAUGUAGCUACCCUGUCCUCACUUGUGAAAAAGCCAGCUGUCAAAUCACAGCUGGAAACCCUCAGACACAAAACAAGAUGGUUUUAAUUUAAUUCCUUUGCUAUGUAAAUCCAACAUAAGUGGAAACAGUCUUACUGGACUUGGUAGAUGUUCAACACAUUUGACAGAUCUGCUCCAAUGCAUAAUAUUUCCACCACUCAUCACUUUCAUAGCAAAAAAUACCAAACUACAUUUUUAGGUUAUUAUUAGAAAUAUGUGUUUGAUUUUAAAAAAUACUUUUUAUGUUACAUUUUCAACUUAGUACUUUUUAAAACCCACGCUGAUGUGAUUAACACAGAACCUCCUGGGUGAAAAAGUAAUAUGAUUUUACACUGAGACAGGACAUCUUGCUCUUGCAGUGUAUCUAUUUAUCAAAAUAGUUCAUUUCGAUGGACCGAUCGAUCAAUCAACUAAUUUUUGCAGCUCUAAAAAGAAGGAAUCACUUUAAAUUGGUUAAUCCAUCAGUUCUGCUGCUGGUCACGUUAAUGAAAUGAAAAUGAAUUAUGUGGCUUUAUUUUUAUGUACAACUGGGUGAUUUAACUUGGUGAAUGUCUUACUUACAGUAUCUAAAGAGAUUUUUUGUGGGCACCCAGUGCCAUAACCCUCUAAAAAUAAACAGUUGACUGUAACAUACAUUCACUGGGGCCUGUUUGAAUGCUGGAUCAUACUAAUGGCACUUAGUUUUUAAAUUCACACUUUAGGACAAACUAUGUAUAGGAAGCACUGUGUAUGUGCCAUACAGUGCAGUGACUCAUUAUGGUUGAAAAAAGAAUCUGAUGAAUCUCUUCAGACAAUGAAAUCUGAUGCUGGACAUAGAAAAAAACACAUUUGUACACACUGUUCUCUGCAAACAUCUUUCCCCUGAGACUGCCUAGACUAGAGAUAUUUACUGUGGAAAAAUGUGGAAAAAGAUCUUUUUAACCUUGAGCAGAAUUUAACCUGAAUUGGUCCAGUUAACUUAGAAGCAGAUGGUUUUUCUGUGGCACCUGCUGACUCACAGGAGAGAAAAACUAAUGCCUAAUGCAUCACUGAUACACAAUAUAUAACAACUGCUGCAUACUGAGGCUGUGAUACAAUCCUUAACUAUAAUGUGACCCUGAAAUCCAGUACAUGCUGUUACUGCUGCGGCUCCACAAGCUCAAAUCUGAUUUGUAACUUCAUUUUGCAGAACUAACCAGUUUAAAGUUGAAACAAAGUGUGGAACUCAUACUUACUUUCACUAUGAGAAGUCUGGUGUCACAAAAUGUGGGUGGGGGGUAGGGGAUCAUAUCCUACCACAUAUUUGCAUCUGGUCUCUCUGGGCACUGCAUAACUUUUCAUCAGAGUAACAUUCUGUUUUCAAUAUAUAAUCAGUUUAGUGUUCAUGUUUCUCAAAUGGACUUUUAUUUUCUGUGCUGUGGUCUGAGAAAAUACCCAGGAUCAUUUCAAGUUUCAUUCAGUCUGCCCAUGAAAUGUAUUUAUUACAUUCAUGUCGACACUGAAAGUAUUGAAGGAUUUUGUGUAAGAAAAUGUUGUAAGGUCUGACCUGUUUCCUCAUAACUGAGGUGAUGCAUGCUCUGUCACUGGAAAAUUAAUCAGUUUAUAUUUUAUAUUUGUACAGUAUGUUGGGUUGAAAUCAAACUGUAUUCAGCACCAGUUUAAAGACCUUUUUACAAAAACUUUUACUAAAACUAACACCCUAAAGACAUAAACUGUGACUUUCAAAUACAGUAACAAUGUGUAUUCAGCUGUAUUCAUACAAUUAAUUACACACCGUCAUAAAUAACUGUUUUAUGGCUGUUGUUUCGACAUUAAAGAUCGUUUAAACCAAA